AUGGACGGCCACGGUUACCCCCCGGGCGAAGGCCCCCCGAACGGCGAUGGAGAGUACGGCGAAGAGUGGGCUCGCGACCUAAGGGUAAAGUUCGAGUCACUUCUUCGUGACAAGCGUAUGACCGAACUUCGAACUACCUCUCGCCAAGGCACUCCUCAACCCAGAGAGAGCGCAAGCAGUGCCAACCUCCGUGGUCUCGCAUCACCCGGUCCCGGUCGACCUUCAACUUCACACAGCUCAACACCAAUGCCGCCGACACCACCUGCUUACUCUCGCCACCUUCCCAAGAUUCCCACACCACCCGCCGCCCACGACCGCGAUUCACAAAAAUUCCGCAACCUGAUGAUCAGUCUUUCUCUCACUCCGACAAAGUACGAAAACCCUGGUUUGUUGGACGAGGCUCUGCAGUGCAUACCCCUCGACCGGAUAUACGGCGAGGCGGAAGAGGAGUGCCAAGUGAUGCAGGCCGAGGCUGAGAGUAUGGGAGAUGGACGCAAAGCCACUUGGGGCUACCAAGAUUGCGUUAUCCGCGCACUACUGAGAUGGUUCAAGCGAUCAUUCUUCACCUGGGUCAACAACCCCCCGUGCCCUGUAUGCCUUUCGCCCACAAUCGCCCAAGGCAUGACGCCCCCGACGCCCGACGAGAGUGCAUGCGGUGCACUUCGAGUCGAGCUCUACAAAUGCUCAGCCGGAGACUGCGGCGCUUACGAAAGAUUCCCCAGGUACGGCGAUGUUUGGAGACUACUGCAUACCCGCAGAGGACGUGUUGGAGAGUGGGCGAACUGCUUCAGCAUGCUUUGCCGUGCCAUGGGAGGCAGAGUUCGUUGGAUCUGGAACGCAGAGGACCACGUCUGGACUGAGGUAUACUCCGAGCACCAGAAGCGAUGGGUCCACGUCGACGCCUGUGAGGAGGCAUGGGACAACCCGCGCCUUUACACCGAGGGCUGGGGUAAGAAGAUGUCCUACUGCAUCGCUUUUUCUAUCGAUGGCGCCACCGAUGUCACCCGCCGAUACGUACGCAAGAGCGAUUUCUGUGCAGAGCGCAACAGAUGCCCCGAAGAGGUCCUGCUCUACAUCCUGAACGAGAUCAGAGGCCUGCGUCGCGGCAACAUGAACAAGGAUGAAAAGUUCAGACUCGAGAAGGAGGACAGCCGCGAGGACCGCGAGCUUCGGGGAUAUGUCAUCAAGUCUAUUGCCCAGGCCGUCACCGACCUCGUUCCUGGAAUGCCCAGCCCUUCGGCGAGCAGCGCACCCCCUCCCCGUCAAGCAGCUCCUCAAAGACGCGACGACACCAAGUUGCCUGCUGAACAGCCCGGUCGCCAGACCGGAUCCGCGGAGUACCUCGCGGCACAGGCCAACGCAAACGCAAGGCAUCACCAGUUCCCCCCGCACGACCCGAGCCGCCGCCGCGAUCUGCCUUGA